GUGAAAAGAAGACGACGACGAAGGAGAGUUUCACAGGAAGCCCUAAUUCAGAAUUGUAGCAAUGACGAAGAGCGAGGUUCACAGCAAAAAACGAAAGAAACCCAGAAAUCGUGGGGCGAAGAAGAAGCUGAAGCCUAGUAACAACAACAACAGUUACGAGAAGCAAGAGGUUCCUUCAAGUUCUGCUAAGCGCAGAAAGUUGAAGGAACAAAAGCCCUCAAAGCCCUCUAGCUUUCUGGAAAAGAUGCGAGCGAGGUUGUCUGGUGGGCAUUUCAGGAUGAUUAACGAGAAGCUCUACACUUGCACUGGGAAGGACGCACUAGAUUAUUUUCAGGAAGAACCAGCAUUAUUUAACUUGUAUCAUGCAGGAUACAAAAUGCAGAUGUCGAAUUGGCCAGAACAGCCGGUUAAUGUAAUUAUUAAGUGGCUGAAAGAACAGAGUCCUUCUUUUGUUGUUGCUGAUUUUGGUUGUGGGGAAGCCCUCAUUGCUAAAAGUGUGAAGAACACUGUAUUCUCUCUGGAUCUUGUCUCCAAUGAUCCGAAAGUAAUUGCUUGUGACAUGGCAAAUGCUCCCCUUGUCUCCUUAUCUAUUGACGUUGCUGUCUUCUGUCUUUCAUUGAUGGGAACCAACUACCAAGGUUACCUUGAAGAAGCAUACAGAGUGCUUAAGCCAGGUGGCUGGCUUCUGAUAGCAGAAGUAAAGAGCAGGUUUGAUCCAAAUAAUGGUGGAGCAGAUCCAGAAAAGUUUUCAAAGGCUAUUUCUGAGCUAGGUUUCAACUCUGUAAAGCAGGACUUCUCAAAUAAAAUGUUUAUUUUGUUUUACUUAACGAAAAAGGAAAAGCAAAAUUAUAAAAGGAAGGAUAUUGAAUGGCCAAUGCUUAAACCUUGUUUGUACAAGCGUCGAUGAGAUUAUGAUAAUUUUUUCCUCUUUUUUUCUGUACUCAAUUGUAAUCUGGACUACAGUUAAAUCAUUUUUUUCUUGUUAGCAAGGUUAGUUAAUCACAAUUUCUUGUACUAUUUGGGUUCCUUAGACCUCAUUCCUAUUCUUUGAUUUUAAAUGUGCAUGGGGGUUACUUGGUUUACAAAUUUAGAUCCUCCUACCUUCUCUGAAU